UCUCUCUCUUCCUCUUAUGAAUGAUGACCGAUGACUGGUGACCGACAAUAUGUACUGGCCUCUCACUGAUUCAUCAUAAUCCUUCAUACUGUUGUUCUUUUCCCCACUAAACCAACAUCUUAUAGCCGUUUCUAUCUUUAGAGAAUCUGGACCUGCUUUCUUCUUCUCCUCUAUCUUUUGCCUAUCAGAUCAUGUAAAGCUCAGUAAAGUUGUAGCUGAGUUUUCCCUCUAAAAAUUUUGUAAUACAAGCCCAAAAGAUUCCUUUUUUCUUUGAAAAAUGGCUUUGAGUAAGUUCUUGGGUCUGUUUCUUAUCCACAUUGCUCUGCUUUCGAGCUCCUGUUUUGCUGCAGAUCCGUUUGUCUUCUAUGAUUUUGAGGUCUCUUACAUCACUGCUUCUCCUUUGGGUGUUCCUCAACAGGUUAUUGCUAUAAAUAACAAAUUUCCUGGCCCAACUAUCAAUUCAACUACUAACAACAACGUCGUCAUCAAUGUUCGAAACAAAUUGGACGAAAGUUUACUCCUACAUUGGUCUGGGAUUCAACAGAGGCGUAGUUCAUGGCAAGAUGGGUUACCAGGCACUAAUUGUCCUAUUCCCCCAAAGUGGAACUGGACUUACCAGUUUCAAGUUAAGGACCAAAUUGGGAGUUUCUUCUACUUCCCAUCACUGCACUUCCAGCGUGCGGCUGGUGGUUUUGGCGGCUUUAUCAUAAACAAUAGAGAUAUUAUCCCUAUUCCUUUUGGCUCCCCUGAUGGAGACAUUACAAUUUUGAUUGGUGAUUGGUACACACGCAACCACACGGCUUUGAGAAAGGCACUUGAUGCUGGAAAAGAUCUUGGGAUGCCGGAUGGAGUUCUUAUAAACGGCAAAGGCCCUUACCAAUAUAAUGACACUCUUGUACCUGAUGGCAUUGAUUAUGAAACGAUUGACGUCCAUCCAGGGAAGACUUACCGCCUUCGUGUGCACAAUGUGGGAAUAUCAACCUCCUUGAAUUUCAGGAUUCAGAGCCAUAAUUUGCUUCUUGCGGAAACCGAGGGAUCAUAUACGGUGCAGCAAAAUUACACUAGCUUAGACAUACACGUAGGGCAGUCGUAUUCUUUUCUGCUAACCACAGAUCAGAAUGCUAGUAGCGAUUACUACAUUGUAGCAAGUGCAAGGUUUGUGAAUGAAUCACAGUGGAAACGUGUUACCGGUGUUGCCAUUUUGCGUUAUUCUAAUUCCAAAGGAAAGGCAGCUGGUCCCCUCCCUGAUCCGCCGCAGGAUGAAUAUGACAAAACCUUUUCAAUGAACCAAGCAAGAUCUAUCAGAUGGAAUGUAUCUGCCAGUGGUGCUCGCCCUAACCCACAGGGAUCAUUUAGAUAUGGUUCAAUCAAUGUGACUGAAAUUUUUGUGCUAAAAAACAAGCCACCGGUAACUAUUGAUGGGAAAAGACGAACAACUCUCAGUGGGAUAUCGUUUGUCAAUCCUGCUACACCUAUCCGGCUUGCUGACCAGUUCAAGGUUAAGGGAGUAUAUAAGCUUGAUUUUCCAAGUAGACCACUUACAGGGCCACCUAAAAUGGAGACAUCGGUAAUCAAUGGAACAUUUAGGGGAUUUAUGGAAGUCAUCCUACAGAACAAUGACACCAAGGUGCAGACCUAUCACCUGAGCGGAUAUGCAUUUUUUGUUGUCGGAAUGGAUUAUGGUGAGUGGUCAGAAAAUAGCAGGGGAACAUAUAACAAGUGGGAUGGCAUUGCCCGCUCCACAACACAGGUUUAUCCCGGGGCUUGGACAGCAAUCUUGAUAUCGCUUGACAAUGUUGGAGUCUGGAACCUUAGGACAGAAAACCUAGACUCAUGGUAUCUUGGCCAAGAAACAUAUAUCAGGGUCGUGAAUCCGGAGGUUACGAACAAAACCGAAUUGCCUAUGCCAGACAAUGUCCUCUAUUGUGGUGCCCUCAGCAAAAGGCAGAAGCCACAGGAUAUCUCUUUCGCCACAUCAAUCACAACCAGUAGCUGGAAACUGUUCCUCGCGGUGCUAAUGGUUGCCUCUGCACUACUUUUCCACUAGGUUUUUUUCCUUUGGGGGUGUCGGUGUAGAUCCUAGCUGCUUCCCACGUAAGGUUUGGGGCUGUGUCUUAAUUUAGGUGUGUAAGUGUUAGUCUUGUUGAUAUGAAUCUUGGGUGAUUUUGACAUGUAUUUUUUUUUUUUUGGUUCCACAAAGUUGAUAAUGCUCCCGGGGUUCCUUGUUUAAUGUUCAGUGGGGAUAUCAUUCUUUCAAUACCCAUAAUUUAUGUCCUGAAUGACAAUUCAUCAAAUUUCAAUACAAUUUAACUUCGUGUCUAAAA